AGCGGCUGGGCACGCGACUGGGCGGAGGGAAGAUGGCGGUGACAGGCUGGUUGGAGAGUCUGCGGGCGGCUGAGAAGACGGCGCUGCUGCAGGACGGGAGAAGGAAGGUGCACUAUUUGUUCCCGGACGGAAGAAUGGCCGAAGAAUAUGAUGAGAAGACGAGUGAACUCCUCGUGAGAAAGUGGCGUGUUAAAAGUGCCCUGGGAGCCUUGGGCCAGUGGCAGAUUGAGGUGGGAGAGCCAGCACCCCAUGGAGCAGGGAGCCUGGGGCGACUCAUCAAGGAGAACAAUGCCAAUCCCAUCUUCAUGCGCAAGGACACCAAGAUGAGUUUCCAGUGGCGGAUCCGAAACCUCGCCUACCCUAAAGAUGUCUAUAGUGUCUGUGUGGACCAGAAGGAGCGCUGUGUGGUUGUCAGAACAAGCAACAAAAAGUACUACAAGAAGUUCUCCAUUCCUGACCUGGACAGAUACCAGCUACCUCUGGAUGACUCUUUGCUGAGCUUUGCUUAUGCCAACUGCACCCUGAUCAUCUCCUACCAGAAGCCAAAGGAGGUCCUGCUGGCGGAGUCAGAGCUGCAGAAGGAGCUGAAGAAGGUAAAGAUGGCCCACAGCAGUGAUGGGGACUGCAAGACCCAGUAGUGGACCCGAGCCUGCACUUCCGGGGUGGCAAGUGGGUGAGGCUCUUCCUGUCAGCUGUGAGACUUCGAGGCCUGGGCCUUUCUGGCACAGGGCAGUCUCUUCUCUUCCAGGCUCUGAAAGAGCUGGGCCUUGGGGCCCUCCUGGCCCCCUGCAUCGUGGUCUGAUCUGAGUAAAGUCAUUCUGAGUCGCUGUAGGUA